UUAAAAUGAUUCUAAACAAGGUGAUCUUUAUAGUAGUUCUUUUAGGUGUUGGUCACUCGGUUGGUUCGGAAACAUGUAAAUAUUCGAUAAUAACUGAAUUUUCCCAACAGACUUGUAUUGAUCAAAGUGAGGAAGAUAAAAGUUAUUAUUUGAAACAGGAUGAAUGUACUUUAACUUGUUUACAAUAUGAUUUCGACAUUAAUAAGUCUGGCCCUUGUCCUCCUGGUUACAUAAAGGAUAAAAGGUGUACCAGUGACACAAGUAUACCAUGUGACACUAUGAGUGAUUGUCCUACUCUAAGCAGGUGCAGUGAAAUAUGUGUUCCAGACAUACAAUGCAUGUCCUAUCAUGCUUAUACAAGUGAUUACAAAGAUACUUAUUAUUCUGCAAAAUUUUUUAAGCCACAGUGCUUAGACGACGGUUCAUGGGCACCAAAGCAGUGCAAAGGUGGAAAAACAGGACGAUGCUUCUGUUUUGAUGGUGACGGCAAAAGAAUUUUUGGUGAAGCUUUAUAUGAUGAAUCAGAAGAUAUGACUUGUGCUUGUAGUAGAAGAAAAGUGGAACUCAUACAGGCAGGUAUAAGGAAUUAUGUAUUUUUUCAUUGUGAUAGUAAGGGCAACUACGAAAAGCUUCAGUGCGAUAGGGAUCACUGUUGGUGCGUUGAACCCAAAACAGGCGAGCUGAAUUCCACCGUAGUUCCUAAAACUGCCAUGAAAUAUUUGCCUUGUUAUAGUUCACUGAUUGUCGGCAACCAAUACCUAAGGCAAUGUGAGAGUGAGAAAUAUGCUCAGGAAAUGAUUAUUGAAGAACUUAAGUAUCAUGGAGUUGAGCACACUAAUUUCAGGUAUUUAAUUUGUGAUGGUGAUGGUGCGUUUGGAGCAUUCAACGUAAGUAACAGCAGACCAUAUUGUACGUGGAGGGAUGGUUCCCUAAUUGGAUCUUACCAGGGUAACGACAUGAACGAAGUUCUAACCAUAAAUUGCAACUGUGCCAGAGACAAUAAAAGAUACGGCUUAAAUAGUGAGUGUAUUUAUAAUGGCAAUUACGCCGAAACGCAAUAUAUACAAAGCACCAGCCAGUUUUACUGCGUCGACGCAGACGGUUUUGCGAAAUCGGAUCCUUAUUCAAGUGGUACCCAUGUAAACUGUAGAGAUUUUUAUUAAUUAUAAUUUUUUUUUGGUACGUUUCAUUUAUAAAAAGUAAUCAGAAUAAAAAGAAUGACGAUAUUUUAAUAUA